UGCAGGCGGUGAUUGGUCACCAUGGAAACUCAUAACCUUACGGACGCCGCAGAACAUAGAAGAAAAGGACCGAUCUACCGACAUGGCUGGCGAUGAUGAUUCUGACAGAAGUGGACACCCUGAUGGAGAGGACCGGCAGUUCUUGGAUACUCUGCAUUCUUUGAAGAGCAGAAACAGGCUCUACCUGCAGGAACUAGCCAGUCUAUAUCGGUCCCAGGCUGGUCUGGAUGAUGGAGUGGAUGAUGGAGAUCUCAGCAGGUACUUUUCUGCCACCCCACUCAGGGAUCAGGACAUGGGCCUACAGAGCCCGGCUGCCAACCCGAGGCCGAAGCCCAGGAGAAGCCGCAGCGCAUUCACCAUGACGGUGCCCAAACCAUUUCAGAUGAGUUUGCGGGAAGCAGAAAGGGGAGAGAAGGUGAGAGCCCAGGACUGGGCUGACCCCGAGGACGACAUAAAGGAGGAGGAUAUUGAAUGCUAUAAGCAGUUCCGGGCCCAGCCCAUUCCAGCCGAAGUCCUCCUUCCCCUCUACAAUGACAUCAUAGAGCAACAAGAUGAACGCAGGAAGUCUGACAUACAGAGAAGAAAAGAGCAGCUGAUGGCCAUGCAGAAACCAUUUCACUUCCAAGUAGAAGAGAGGAAGAAGUCAUGUGAGCGUCCAGUGACAGCCCCGGCCCAAAAAACCCAGAGUAUCAUCAAACCCAUUCCCAAAUCUGUGCUGGACCCAACAGUCAGUGAUCGGCUUAGAGAAGCAGAACUUCUAAGAAAGAUUAAUAGUCAAUUAAGAGCAAAGGAUUUGCUGCAGAGUUCCACCGCUCCAGUAACGCUGACUCGUCACAUCAGAGACCCCAAUUCCAGAACAUCCCUGAAAUGCAAAGAGCAGCACCUCGCUUUUCUGCAACAGAGUCUCAGUUUCCAGCCGCGCACAAACCCGGCCGUCCCCGACUUCCACGCGCUUUACAGAAACUUCCAGAAACUCUCCCUCUCUAGGCAACAAGUCAGAGAACCUACACAGACAAAACCCUUCAAUUUACGCACAUCCCGUCAGCGACACAGAAAGAAACAAAACCGCUCCGAGAGUGAACAGGAUGAAGACCGACACCCUGUCACACCCUCCCGUCAUCUGUCCAGUUUGUCAGCCAACACACUGCCAGUGUAUAUAACAGACAGCACCAAGAGGAGGGAAGCCUCUAUCAGAUCUUCACUACAAGACAGAGAGCACAAGGGUGCAGAGCAGGAAAAGUGGCUGCAGAAACACAGACAAAGAUCUCUGCGCAUGCAGCGCUCCAUCUCCCACCGCGCCAAAGCUAUGGAUCCACAUAAACCGCUGGCAGACACCAACAUACAGAAGCUGAGAGAGAACCAAGCAUCUGAUCGGAAGAGAAGUCAGGAAUAUGAGAAGGAGCUGGAGCAGAUGAAGAGCCGGGUGCGAAGGAGAGCGUACCUAUUUGAACAAGUCUCCAAGGGAUCUGCAGUUAAAGAAGCAGAGCGUAAAUUUACUCACACGCUCCGACAGGCGGGACUGACUGAAGAGUUUGUUCAGCAGAAGGGAAUCAAAGAUGAGGAAAUUACAGACGAAAGUGAGGACCUGGAUGAUGAAGAUCCAUGAUAGAGUCCCCCCCCUCAUUUCUGGAUCCCUCCCCCACUUAUGUACUUCCAUGGUGUAAUGUGUGACACCCUCCCCCAAAUUGUUGUAGAUCUGCUGUGUACCAUGGGACCGCCUUCCCAAGAUUUCUGUACCUCCGCUAUGUAACCUGUGACCACCUACCAUAAUCAAAAGUUACACAGAGGGGUUGAUUUACUAAAAGGCAAAUCCACUUUGCACUACAAGUGCACUUGGAAGUGCAAUCGCUGUAAGUCUGAGGGGAAGAUCUGAAAUUGGGGGAAGCUCUGCUGAUUUUAUUAUCCAAUCAUGUACAAGAAUUUAUGGUAGAAAAUCAUGACAAGUGUACCCUUGCAGAUAAUGAUCACCUCUCAGAGAUCACAACACUAAGAAUGCCUAUUCCCUACCCCAAAGAGGCUGCGUCAUCUUAUGUGCAGGCAUCAUCCAGUGUCAACAUCUACUCCCUGGGGCAGAUUCAGAUAGAUUAGCGGAUCUUUAGAUCCGCGUAAUCUAUCUGAUUUUCGAUCCGCCGGUCCAAU